AUGAAACUCUUCGCAGCCAUCGUUUCCCUUGCGCCAGCAGUCUAUGCCUCUCUGCCUGGCAGCACCUUUGGGAUCACUUACAAUACCACCUCAAGUCUGAUCCCACCCACAGGGCAUCUUGCACUCUUCAACCCUGCCUCUUCUCCUGAUGCGUUUACCACCAUCUCGCCUACCACCCCCGACCUAGGCGCCUUUUUCACCGUUGCAGGCGUCAGUGCGGUGUUGCAUGAGUCAUGCAACAUCAAUGCUCUCGCGGCUCUGGUGCCUCCAAGCCCACCUAUUGAAGGCCUCAAAUACGCCCUCCAAUGGACAACUGCUGUCUCUGACUUGCCCUCAGGCAGCAUCGAAACAGGAUUCCAACUCGGUCCUUCUCCAACAUUUGACACUCUCAUUAAUACCAAUGUGGGCCCGGGAUUCUGGGGAGUAUCCAAAUUAACGGAUUCCGAUACCUAUGUGGUUCUUAAGGUGGGAUGGUCCGAAGACGAAACGGCGAUCCCAGUCACUCUUGUAAAAGCCGGAACAGAGUUUAUCAAUUGCUAA